UGGCAGGAGCAUUGUGUGAUUCUGUUUAAUGCCGGCUGGCCAAGCGGGUGCCGCCACAUGCAAGCUUUUGCUUACAAUAAAUUGCUUAGACUUUAGGGUGCCGCAAUUCUCUUCAUCCAGGAGAGGCACUGCACGAUAAAUCAGGUGGGUGGGAACGAGAGAUCUCUUGCGCUGUGUGUGAUGAACACAAGGAGGUGCUGUAUACCGAGUCUGACCCUCGGUCCGCCGAGCUCAGCGCUGUCUGCUAUGACUGGCAGCCGCUCUCCUUGGGCUGAGACAGAACUCUUGCCCAGUAGGAGCAGCAUCAGCCAUCCUGGACCUAACUCACUGCAGGAGAACCAGGUCAGAGAGUUAACCUUUCCCUCUCAUAUCCAGAGAAAAGACAGGAGUUCCUAGGCUGUGGAAAGAAUAAAAAGGAAGGCUGUCUCCUGGAGAGAAAAUGACAGGAGGAGACAUGUAUGGCCUCUUGGAAACUCUGGAUUCAGACUGCCUUGGGGAGGGAAAUGUGGAGACGGGAUUAGAAUGUACAAGUAUGGGAAGAAGGCAAGCAUGGGAGAAAUCAGAAAGUGAGGGAGAUGCUGUUAACAUAAUGGAAGUGCAACACGGCAGUAGCGUGCUGGCCAUCAAUGGCAAGAAAGGCCACGGGACAGUGAAGGACAUGGAGGACCAGCGGCUGCAUUUCAGGCAGUAUUCCUACCACGAGGCCCAGGGGCCGCAAAGCGUUUAUGUGCGGCUUUGGGAACUCUGCCACGCGUGGCUGGAACCAGAGAGGCGCACCAAGGAGGAGAUCCUGGAGCUGGUGAUCCUGGAGCAGUUCUUGGCCAUCCUCCCCUGGGAAAUGCAGAGCUGGGUCAGGGAACGUGACCCAGAAACCUGCCAUCAAGCAGUGGCAGCUACUGAGGAUUUUGUGCGGAUGUUGGAGCUGCAGGGACUGACAAACUUUGAGGACGUCACGGUUCGCUUCACUGAGGAGGAAUGGGCCCUGCUGGAUCCAGACAAAAAAGCUCUGUAUAGGGGGGUCAUGCGGGAGAACUAUGAGAACGUGGCGUCUCUCGGUGAGACAUCCAUGAAAAAGAUAAAAGAAGAGAACUCUCUAGAAGGAGACGGUAUGCCAGCUGAAAAAUGUGUAGCCCUUCCAGGAAAUGUCCACAGGAAAGUUUCCAUAAAGACUGAGGCUUGGGAGAGUGGGGAGACAUCUGCGGUGGACCAAGAGGGACUUCCAGAGCUUCACAUUAAACAAGAGGAGGAUCUCUUUGACCAAAGCAACUGGAUAGUGAGUAAGAACAAAGGUGAGGUUCCUCGGUGUGACACCAGUGAGGACGGGCAACAAAAUGAAACAUCAGAGGAAGCAACCCAAGAGAUGGUUCCCAAAAGUCACCAGGGGAAAGAGACAGGUGGACCGGAAACCGAAGAGGAAAACCAACCAGAGAGGAGAGGGGCUCAGUCCAUUCCUUUUGGGGAAAGCUGUGAAGACCUCAGCAGCAUCUCAGCCCUAGAGGGGACCAAUGAAAAUGAGGUACAGGUGAGACUGACUGAAUGUGAGGAGACUUCAAAGGCGGCUGCAUAUGGCAGAACUUGCAAAGAAGGGAAGAUAUACCCAUGUUUAUAUUGUGGUAGAUCCUUCAACAUGAAAGGAAAUCUUAGCAAACAUACAAGACUUCAUACGGGAGAGCUGCCCUACCAGUGCUCAGUGUGUGGGAAGAAGUUCAACCAGAAAGGCGAUCUUAUUCUGCAUGAGCGAACCCACACGGGAGAGAAACCGUACCAGUGCGUGAGCUGCGGGAGAAGAUUCGCCGAGAAAAGGCGCCUCAUCGCACACGAGAAAACCCAUGUGGAAGAAAAUCCAUCCGAAUGCUCGGAUUGUGGGAAAUCCUGCACAGGCCACUCUGGACCGUUUAAUCACCAAAGGCUGCACGCAGGAGUGAAACCCUAUAAAUGCACAGAUUGCGGAAAAUGUUUUAUUCAAAAGGCCUGCCUUGUAAUCCACCAGAGGACCCAUACGGGAGAAAAGCCAUUUAAAUGCUCUGACUGUGGGAAAUCAUUCAGUUCUAGCACAGUCCUCAAUAAACACCAAAGAAUCCACACGGGGGAGAAACCAUAUGAAUGUGCAGACUGCGGGAGAUGCUUUCAUCGGAAGGAUAGCCUUGUUGAUCACAAGAGAACGCACACAGGUGAGAAACCAUUUAAGUGCAUGGAGUGUGGUAGAAGCUUCCCUCGGAGAGGGAUCCUUGUUUCCCACUCAAGACUCCACACAGGAGAGAAACCUUUCAAAUGCUCGGAAUGUGGGAAAUGUUUCAUUCGGCAUGCAUGCCUUAUCAGCCAUCAGAAAAUGCACACAGGGGAGACUCCCUAUAAAUGCUCCAAAUGCAAUAAGGUCUUUCUGCAGAAAUACAGUCUCACCAUCCAUGAGAGAAUUCACACAGGAGAGAAACCGUAUGAGUGUUCAGAUUGUGGGAAGUGCUUCUCUCAGAAGAGUCAAUUGGCUGUACACCGGAGAAUUCACACGGGUGAAAAACUGCACAUAUGCUCAGAGUGUGGAAAGAGUUUUACGACAAACUCUCAGCUCACUAAACAUCAGAAAACGCAUAUGGGGGGAAAUAUGUAUGUAUGUGUGGCCUGUGACAAAAGCUUCUAUGAUAAAAGUUUCCUCGUUGCUCAUGAAAGAACCCACACAGGGGAGAAACCAUACAAAUGUUCUAUCUGUGGGGAAAGUUUCACUCAGAAAGGAAAUCUCACUUCACAUGAGAGAACCCAUAGAAUGGAGGCACCACAUGAAUGUUGAGUGAAUGUGGACCAUCCUUCAGUCUGGUGGUGCCCUUUGGCCCCUAGAGAGAUGUAGUAUAACUUGUAGUUGCUAUAAAUGUUUGUCUCACA